AUGUCGUCCCUACAUCAUGCGAAUUCAAUAUGCAAUAUUGGUCUGAGAGCCCUAAAGAGUGUACUGGUGAGUGCUGGUAAUAUCAAGAGGGACAGGAUCCAGCAACUGAACCAAGAACUGGCAGCUCAAGGACAGACACUGGAGGAAACUGAUCUAUCUAAGCAACUUCAUAAACAAGAGGAUGAGGUUCGUAUAAUGUUUGAAGUACAAGACCUUAAGUUUGCUACCCUAGCCACUGUGAGUUGCUGUGGUAUGGUCUGGUUUAGUGAAGACGUCUUAACACUUGAUAUGGUUUUUGAUCACUUCAUAUUGAAACUGAAAUCAAUGCCUAUUGACGAGGGAGAGGAGGAACUGAGAGGAGGAGGGGCACCUUCAAUCAGAAGACCAUUUCUCCUGCAUAAUAUGCAGGUCCAGAGAGAUUGUGCUGAUCUAUUACAUUCUCAUUUUGCUUCAGACGGUAUGGUUCCUCGCUGUCUUGAACACCCUGCAACUCUAGACCACAUAAUGGACUUCACUCGCCUCAGGGCACUAAACUCUCUAUUCUCAAUGUUCCACCAGAUGAUCCGAAACAUAGUCUCCUACAACCAGUCACACCCGGACUUUCCUAUGCUCUCCGAUCAGCUCAAGGCCUACGUUCCUUGCUACUUCGUAUCCUGUUUGAUCUGGUGCUUCUCCAGAGAUGGAAAGAUGGUCUAUCGGGAGAAGGUAGGCGACUUUAUAAUAGGGACAACCACCAUACCUCUACCACCUGGUACUGCCCCCAUCAUUGAUUUCGAGGUUAAUCUUCAAGGAGAAUGGGUACUAUGGUCUAACAGAGUACCCAAGAUUGAAGUUGAGACUCAUAAAGUAGGUUCUCCUGAUGUCGUGGUCUCUACUCUUAAUACAGUGAGGCACAAGAGUCUCCUCUAUACAUGGCUGGGGGAGCAUAAGCUGAUGGUACUGUGUGGUCCACCUGGCUCUGGUAAAACCAUGACACUGUUCUCUGCUCUUCAUGCUCUACCUGAUAUUGAAGUUGUUGGUCUUAAUUUCUCCUCAGCCACUACCCCCAAGUUAUUAUUAAAGAUGUUUAAUCAUUACUGUCAAUAUAAGAGGACUCCUAAUGGAGUCGUGAUGGCUCCGGCUCAUCUCAGAAAGUGGCUGGUUCUUUUCUGUGACAAGAUUAACCUUCCAGACUUUGACAAAUAUG